AUGGGAUUGAGGGACAAGCUUGAUGCCUAUCUGCGGUCUGAAAAUGUUGACCCAAGCAAAUACCCCUACGUGUACUUGAUCACGGCUCCAAGAAUAUUAGGUUACUCGUUCAACCCAGCUUCUUUCUGGUAUCUGUACGAUGAAACUAAAACUCUAGACGCGGUGGUUUGUGAGGUGAAUAACACCUUUGACGAGAGACGGGUCUACUUGGUUUCGAGAGACCACGAUAAGACCCUACCGGCCCAGCAGUUCCAAAGCGAAAAAAAGCUGAAGCUUCUUAUCGGAUGGGGCUGGAUUGGUUUCGCGACCUAUCCUCGAAUCGUUAGGGAAGCGGCGAGGCUUUGGUUUGCGCACAAACUUCAUGUUUGGUAUCGGCCCGAGCCUCUCGCUGCCAGCCUUGGUCGGCGUGCGGAUGAAACUGAGCUGCAACUCGAGGGCAUAUUCCGCCAGCGCUUCGUCCACUACGCACAUGACUUUGAGGCACUCUUCAGCGAGUUUCGAGAAAGCUCGACCAUCUUCAUCUCGAACCCGGAACUGCUCCCUCAACUUGUGCUGAAGAAGCCACCGCCACCAGUGCAAGUCGAGAACCUGAUCGAUUACUUAUAUUUUACGACAAUACGGAACCUCCGGAGGAGGCCGGCUCGUAUUGAGCGCCCUUUGCGUUCCAGCGAUAUCCCUGGAUCCCCGACCCAUGAUCGUACGGUCGAGGAUAUCCGCGACUUCCGACUUUCAUCGAUGGAUGGUGACGUACUCAACAACCCCGCCCCUCCCCACAUUCCUGUGCCUGGCUCUCAAGUGCUGCAGAGCACCUCAGAAUGCGAUGCUCUACUACACACCUACACACCCUCGGGUGACAAAUUUGUCGCAGUGAAGUACACCGUUGAUGCCGAAGCACCUAUCAUCACCGGCUACGACCACUGCGAUGACUGCCAGCGCCAGUCCGGAUCCACCUACUCCCUUGUCGUCGUUUUCCCCAAGGACAAGGUCAACAUCACCGGCCCCAUCAAGAAGUGGAGCGGUAAAGGCUCCUCUGGAAACGCCGUCCACCGUCUUUUCUGCGGCGAAUGCGGCUCCCCGAUCGCCCACGAUCCCGACGCUGCGCCUGAGAUUAUUGCCAUCAAGGGAGGGUCGCUUGAUCUCGAGCAGAAGAAGAACUUGAAGCCUGAUACCGAGAUCUGGACUGUUGGCAAGCUUCCCUUCUGCCAGGAGCAUCUUGCCAAGCCUUUCACGCAUAUGCCUUCGUAA